GUUGUAAAUAUAUCUCAACAUGUCAACACGGAUGUUAUAACCGUUAACUAUAGGAAGACAAAGUAAAGAAUGUGCAAGUUUUACAUAUCACGCAGAUAAAUUUGACCAAAUUGGCAGCAACAAUGCGGACGAAAACGGGUGUUCGGGUCGUACGUGGACCUGAUUGGAAUAAUCAAAGGCAAGAUAAUGGUGAAGGAUUUCUCGGCACUAUUGUUUAUGUGCCUAAGCAAGGAUCGGAUGAUAAGAAAGUCACGGUCAUUUGGGAUUCUGGUCGAGAGUUGAGGUACAUUGCAGGUCUACAUGGAAAAUAUGAUUUAAGAGUCUUUGAUUCUGCACCUGCAGGAGUCAUUCACAGUGGUGUGAAUUGCGAAAGCUGUAAAGAGAAGGAUAUCCAUGGAGCCCGGUGGAAAUGUUGUGACUGUGGAAAUUAUAAUUUGUGUUCAGCGUGUUAUAUGGCAGACAAACAUGACACACAGCAUUCAUUUGAACGAAUUGACUCGCCACAGUCGUCACCCGUAAACGUACCACCUAGAGCGGACAGCAAGGUCUCCAGGAAGACAGCACGUGGGUUAUUCUCUAAUGUACAAGUAAUGAGAGGACCACAUUGGAAAUGGAAAAAUGACGACGGUGGUGAAUCCGGUAUCGGUAUAAUUAAAGAGAUAUGUACAUGGGGUAAAGAUGGAUAUCGUGGAGGAGUAAAAGUUGUAUGGAAGGCAGAUAAAUCAGUAAAGAACUACCGUGUUGGGGCUGAAGGUUGUAUUGAUGUGAUUUGUGUUGAUAAGACAGAUACGAACACGGGUGGUAACUAUUACUGUGAUCAUCUACCCGUUGUCAAUGUUGUGGAUCCCGAAAAAAUUGCUUUGAAAAUUGGUGACAAAGUAACAAUAAACCUUCCGCUUAAAAUUUUUAUGGCGAUGCAGAAAGAUCCAAUAUACGGUGGAUGGGACGAUGGUUUGGGUCAGUGUCUUAAGGAAACGGGAACAAUAACCAGUUUUUUGUAUGGUGGAAAGAGCGCCAGAUUACAAUAUGAAGAUAGUCGAACUUGGCUUGUUAACAGGAUGGCUCUAUUUAGAAAGCACACGUUCAGCCUCGGUGACCCUGUAAAAAUACACAAAGACUACAAAGUUGUAAAGGAAUUACAGAAAGGACACGGAGGAUGGAACGAUGAAAUGAAACAUGCACUUGGAAAGAAUGGACAUAUCGUGCGAUUGGACAGCGAAGGAGAUAUGAUGGUACAAAUAGAAAAUAAAAAAUGGAUAUUCAAUCCAACAUGUAUCACACCCACUGAAGGUGAUCCUUUAACAAAGCAAGCUCUAGCUGCAUGUACAGAUAAAGACAACGAUGAUUCUGAUGAUACUGAUGACAGUGUUGAUGACAACUAUACAGAGGUAUCAGAAAAUCUUGCAGAAUUUUUCUAUGAUUUGCUACAAGAGGAACAAACUUCUGCUGAGGAGAACAUCAAUGUUUCACUCGUUGACGCGGCCUCAAAGGGAGAUUUGGAAACUAUUGGAAGAUUGGUUAAUCGUUAUCCUAAUAAGAUAGAUGAAACAUUUAAGGACCAAACAGCACUGCAAGUUGCAUGUUACGAAGGAAAAUAUGACACUGUGGUGUUUCUUGUACAGAAUAAUGCAUCUGUUAAUCUACAAGACAAGGCCGGGGAUACUGCACUUCAUCUUGCUGCAAAUGGAAAUGAAUCUGGCAUUAUGAAACAUCUUGCUGACAAUGGCGCAAACGUAAACAUCACAAAUGCAAAACAACAGACAGCAUUGCACAUUACUGUCAACAAAAGCAACUGGAAAGGCUGUAAUAUUUUGAUAGAUAAAGGGGCUGAUCCUAGUUUACAGGACGCUAAAAAGGACACAGUCAUGCACUUUGUUGUAUCACAGAAAGAUUGCCCACAUGAAACACUCAAAUCUAUAUUUAGAUCAAAGAAGGCCAAGUUUUCAGUAGUAAAUGGAAAUGGAUAUCCUGUAUUGUCGUUUGCUGUGAUGAAGAAUAAUAGAUACGUUGUAGAUUUGAUGGUCAGACUUAAUAGAAAAUGCACAAGUGAUAAGAUGAGUGAUGGUCGCACAGCACUGCAUCUAGCAGCCGCAAACAAUAAAGUAGAGAUAACACAUUGCCUGAUUACAACCGGAAAGGCGGAUAUUAAUGUCAAGGAUAUCAAAGGAAGAACCCCUCUUAUGAGUGCAGUGUAUAGUGGUGGAACUUUAAAAUCUGUAGAACAACUCAUUAAGUUUGAGUGUUCUGUAAAUGCCCAGGACAACAGUGGUGACACAGCAUUGCAUAUUCUACAGGCACAGAAAAGUUCUAGUAUGAUGCGGAAAAGGCGCGGGGCUGAUGAUACUCAGGUGCUUUGCUUUCUUCUUGAGAAUGGAGCUAACGUACAGAUAGAGAAUAAGAAUUGCAAAACACCUAUAGACUUAACUAAAGACCAAUCGGAGAAAAUUUUAAUAAAAACACUUGCGAAAAAAGUAACCGAAAAGUCAUUUGCAAAGACAAAAUCAGGAUUUACUUUCCCAGCAGACUGGGAUGAUAUGGGCGAAGAAACCAUUUUGAGAGUUAAUAUAGAACCUUCAAAAACUGAUCUAAUGAAUCAACAAUGGAAGGAUGUGAAACAGAUGUUUGAUAAUACAUUACCACAAGCUAGAAUCGUGUCAAUACAAAGAAUUCAAGACAAAUUUAAUUGGGAAAUGUACCAAGUGAAGAAGAAAAAACUUGAAAAACAAUAUGGCAUUGGUUGUGCAAAUGAACAGGAUUUGUUUCAUGGUACACUCCCAGACAAGGUAGACUUGAUUGUGGAACAGAAUUUAGAUUGUCGUUUGGCAGGAACAAGAGUUGGUACACUAUUAGGCAAAGGGACUUAUUUUGCCAAAGAUGCCAAAUAUUCUGAUGGAUAUGCCCAGUCUGAUUCUAAUGGACACAAAUUUAUGUUUGUGUAUUCAGUUUUGGCUGGUAAAACUUGUCGUGGAAGAGAUGAAUACGUUAGACCGCCACCGCAAGAUACAAACAAUCCGAAACUUUUAUUUGAUAGUUGUGUUGAUAAUGUUGCUAAGCCUAAAAUCUAUUGUGUUUUCGAAAACACACAGUAUUGUUCAAGAUAUCUUAUUGAAUACACAUAGUCUAACUUUUUGAAUGGUCAUAUACAAAACUUUUAUUUAUUUUUUUGAAGCAAAAACUAAAAGUAAAUGAAGAUAUUUAGUAAAUGAAGCAUAAAGUGCAGAUUCUCAAUUUAAUUACCUCUAUAUAUGUAUAGGAGAAUGUUUUGUAUGUGUGUUGGCGUUUGUUUCUGUUGUUCCGUUGUUUUCCUCUUAAAGUUGAUGUGUUUCCCUCGAUUUUAGUUUGUAACACGGAUUUGUUAUCUCUUAAUCGAUUUAUGACUUUUGAACAGCGGUAUACUACUGUUGCCUUUAUUUGUAAAAUUUGAAUUUUAUCGUUUAUAUGCUGCAGAAAAAAGUUCUAAACACAACCAUUGAUAAAGUUUAAUAAAACCAAAUAUAAGCAAUACAACUAAAAUUUCUUAAAUCUAAAAGGCAAUAGGACAUGUUAUUAUGUACUAUGAAUGGCGGUCAUAUAGAAUUUAUUGCAUGAAUUAUUAUAUUGGCGUAUGUUUUGGUAAAUAAAUCAGAACUUUCCUUGCUUUUAAAAUGUUUGCAAUUGUAAUCCAAAAAUGUUAUCUUUCAUUUCGUCAUGUUAUUUGCUUUUGGUAAUUGAAUUUUAUAUGCUUACCCUCAUAUAAUUGUCAAGAUAUAAAGGUUGAAGAAAAUAAAAAAAAGUGUUUCUU